CUAGUUUAUUAAUAGAGUUAUUUUAACAAAUUACUUUUAUUUUGAAAAUUAAAAAGAAAAUAAUAUAUAAAGAAGUAUUUUAUUUAAAUGUUUCGUUUUACUUGAUUAAUUAUGGAGACAUUUUUUUUUCUAAAGGCCAGUUAACAUUGUUUAUUUCUUUGGUAAACUACAUUAGUCUUUACGUAUAUAUGUAAAAAAGCUACAUUAAUCUUUGUAUGGAAGAUGGUUUGAUUGCAUUCUUAACUGUUUAAAGGGUAACGUAUAUAGCUUCAAAUCAUCAACAAAAAGAAAACACUAUUAUUAUUAUUAUUGUUGUUGUUAUUAUUAUUAUAAGUUUCAUAGUAGACAAUUAAACCUUUAAAUAUCUGUUAGUAACCUUGUUGGUCCCACUUUAGCCAAGUAGCUACUUUUUUUGAAUUUCAAACUUAAAUCUUGUUUAAGUGUUGGAUCCACUUCAACAAAUAUGAGUGUGAUAGAUUAUUAUAAUUUUAUCUCUCUCUCUCCCCCUUUCCUUUAAACAGGAAAGUUUUAAUUUUCAAGUGAAAUUACAUUCUCUCUCGUAUUCUUUUCUUAAACAUUCAUCUCCACUCUUAUUGAUAACCCUUUUUUCCCAUCAAAAUGAAUCUUUUCAUACUAUAGCAUAUGAUAUUGAUGUAAGAAAAAAAAGAUGGCAACUUUAGUGGGAUGCAUAAUGCAUUCAUCUUCCAAGAGUCAUACACUUAACCCAAUCACUCUUAAAAAUAUUUUUAUUUUAUAUUUUUUCGUAUGUUACGAUUGAGAAUUAUAAAAGUAUUAUUUUUACUUUAUAUUUUUAGUAAUUUAUAAAAAAAAUAAUACAAAUGAUAAGACUUACAUUUAUAUUUUUUUCCCAAGUUCUAAUAAUAACAAAUUUAAGCGAUAUUUUUAUGAUUAUUAAUAAAAAUAGAUUAGCUAAAAACUAAAGCAUAUAUCUCCUUCUGUUUGAACUUUUCUUUUCAGUUUUUUGGGACAUUCAUUCAUUUCCUAUUCGUUAAUGUAUUAACUUUACAGUGAUAUAGUCUAUAUACCUUUUCUUUUCUGAACAGUUCCCUACCCUUAUUAUCAAGUUAUCUUAUAUCAAUGAUACACGGAAUUGACGAGAGUGUGAGCGAAUCUUGAAAAUUAGAAAACCUUGAGGGUCCAAUUUGCAAUAUCAUGAUAUUAAAAAAUACCCUGCACAUUGAUGACGCGUACAAAACCCCGUAUUUGGACAAAGAUUACCCCAAAAUCUAGCGUAUAUAGCUGUCAGUAUACAGUAUAGGCGACCCCUGCAAGUAACAAGUAUAUGGUAUAUACUACGUAACAUAUUUCUUGUUUAUCAGAAAUUCUUGGAAAAUAAAAGUACAAAAAUAUAGUUUUGAUAUUUUUUGGAGGCAAGCAAGCGAAUAGAGUGGGCCCCACACAAGUAAAAUUUUCUUCUUGUGUUUUCUUUCUCCUUCUCCUUCUCCUCCUUCUUCUCCUCCCAGUUCUUUCACUUAUUUUUCUUCCAUUCAAAUCCAUUGAGAGGAUUCAACAAUUCUUCCAUUCUUCAUAUCUAUCCUUUCUCUUGCUUACCCUCUUCUCUUUCCUCCAAAAAUAUUGCAACUUUGCCUAUGUGGCUUGGCUUCUUUGACUCUAGUCUUCAUACCAAAUUCUUUGCUUAUUUGUGAAAAUAUUUGAAUUUUGUGGGCGGAGGGGGUUUAGGAGCUGAGAUUGAUUUGUGGGUCACAUCCUUGUAUUUGUUCUUGGGUUUGCUUUGACGGUAAGGUGUGCAUUUCUGGCUAAUUUUUAUUUUUUAUUUUAAUUUUCAAAUCAUGGACUGUUAUUUUAGGCCUUGGUGGGAGCUGAAAAUGGCACUUUUCUUGAUGAAUUUUUGAAGGUUUUGUGUUGGAAACAGAAGAUUUGAUUGAGGGUUUAUCUGAUUUUUUUGGAUCAGUCUCUAAUAAAUUUCUUUCUGCUUUGAGUUCUGAUCCAUUUAUUCACUGUUUCAAAGAUUUGUCUAGCUGUUUGUAGUGCUUGCCAUUUUAAAGGUUCCAAUUCAAAGAUUUCUUUUUCUAUUUCCUUUUUGUUGUUGUGUUGUUGGGACGAGAGAAUGUGUAUCUAAAAUUAAUAUUUUCUUCCCUAUGGUUUUGUCCAAGAUAAUAUUGAAACCCAUUUCAAAUCUGCAAUUGUAGUCCUUGGUUGAGUUUUAUAUUGUCUUGUAUUUUUGUUUCUGUUUGGCUAAUGAAUCUGGGUCUUCUAAGUUGUUUGUACUGCGGUAAUAAUUAUCUUGAUCUUGUAUAGGUUAUUGGCUUUGGUUUGGAAAUGAAUAUCACCAACAUAUCACCUUAAUUGGUAAUUCUUUUGUGCUCUGUUAGAUUAACAAUAUUUUCCUUUUCAUGAAACCGAUCUUUCUUUCCCUCAAGCUUCAUUUGAAUCAUCUUACUGCAAAUUGUUCUGUAUUUCUUGUGUUUUGCAUCAAUCCUCGCAGAAGGCAGUUUUUCCUGUGUUAGGUGCACUUCUUAAUCUGAUUUAUCUUUUUUCUGUAGUCCAUGAAAAGCAGCACUUCUUACUAUACCAAGAGGCUUCCUCUUCCUUUAUCUGUGCGAAAUUGUUUUCUACAAAAUAAAGUAAUUAGCAUAGGCAAUAAUUUAUAAUUUUUUAUAAUCGUUUUACACUCCAUGAAACAGGAUCUCAAAGACAUUGUUUGAUUCUCUGAUUAUAGAAGAAUGAAUAUCUGUUUGACAUUGAGUGCUAUUGUGAAUUUUGGCUGUUGUUCAGGUAGUUUAUGCUUUUUUGUUUGUGUACACAUUUUAAUUUGAAUAUGUAGUGUUUGAUAAAUAUUAAUUUAGAUAGAGGAGCAAUUGAACUGAAAUUGAAUUUAUGCGUCUAUAUAUUUUUCUUGAGGAUUUGGUUUAUCAUAUUGACUUUUGGUGAAUUUCUAUGAAUUAGUUCAAUAAAGAGAAAGUUUCAAAACUCAUUCAGUACUAAUAUACUUUUUGCACAUGCCAGAAUAGGGGAUCAAUAUCUGGCCUCUAUUUAAUAUAGUUUCUGGAUCUGCGUUGGAUCGGAUGUGUAGUAUGUGCCAUCAUUGUGGUGAGGGCUUGACAGGAUCGAAUAUCGACAGCAAGAAACACGGAAAUGAGAGUGGUUUGAAGUUGAAUGGUAAAGUUUCCACUAGGCCUUGCAAAUAUUGUGGAGAGACGCUAGAACAAGAAAAUGUGAAAUGGCAUAGUACUAGUCCACAUGUGACACCAGAUAUCAGUCCAACUACAUCACUGUCAAGUACUGAUAGCUGUGUCUCUACUUGCAGUGAGUUUUCAGUUGAUGUGAACUCAUUUGAAAGGAAUAGUCAAGAAGAAAGUGCAGUUGAAGGUGUUAUGGAAGACCCUGAUCAUAAGUUGAAUGAUUCUCAAAAAGUGAUGGAAAACAAUUCCCAAGAAAGCAAUAACUACACUGAGGGUUACACAGUUAGAGAUGUGGAGAUUGCACAAGGACAUAACUUCCAUGAAGUAAAAGCUGAUGGUUCUGAAGACCCUGUUGCAUCCUCUGUUGAAGAAAUGGAGUAUUCUCUUCCUGAUGAUUUGGAUAUCCAAACUUGGGAACCUCCUGAGCCAGAAAACCCACAGGAUGAUAUGGAUCAUAGUGUGACUUGUAAUGAUGAUGAUGAAGACCAGGGCAUAGGGAUUGCAAACUGGGGGGAGCCAACAUCUAUGAGUAGUUCUAAGGAUGAAUUAAGUGUAAGCUAUAGGUUCAAAGAGGAAAAACAAAGGGCAAUGGAAGAAGUAAUGAAUGGGAAAUUUAAGCCACUUGUUGCUCAGCUACUUAAAUCUGUGGGAGUUUGCUCUUCAGAUGAAGGUAAUAAGAGUUGGGUGGACGUAGUUGCAUCUUUAUCAUGGGAAGCUGCUUAUUUUUUGAAGCCUGAUGCUAUUGGAGGUAAUGCAAUGAAUCCUGAUGGAUAUGUUAAGGUGAAGUGCAUUGCUGCUGGCUCCCGCAGCCAAAGUCAACUUAUCAAAGGUUUGGUCUUCAAAAAACAUGCUGCCCACAAGCAUAUGCCAACUAAGUACAAAAAUCCAAGAUUGUUACUGAUUAGCGGUGUGCUCGGCCAUUCUAUUAAUGGGCUGUCCUCAUUUGACUCCAUGGACCAGGAGAAAGAUGAUCUGAAAUCUAAAAUGGAUCGUAUAGAAAUGUGCCAUCCAAAUGUUAUAUUGGCGGAAAAAACUGUUUCUCGUGAUAUACAAGAGUCAAUUUUGGCAAAGGGAAUGACACUUGUACUUGAUAUGAAGCUUCAUCGUCUUGAAAGAGUUGCACGCUGUACUGGUUCACCAAUUUUGUCAUGUGAUGAUUUGAAUGGUCAAAAACUAAGACAUUGUGACUUCAUUUAUUUUGAGAAGUUUGUGGAGGAACAUGAUGGUGCUGGUGAAGGAGGAAAGCGGCCCAUCAAAACUUUAAUGUUCAUUGAGGGCUGUCCCACACGUUUGGGCUGUACGAUUUUACUGAAAGGAUCGCACAGUGAUGAACUGAAGAGGAUCAAAUGUGUUGUGCGGUGUGCAGUUAUCAUGGCGUAUCACUUAAUUCUUGAAACCUCCUUUCUUGUUGAUCAGAAAGCAAUGUUCUCUACCAUUCCUUGUGCGAGUGUAACAGAUAUCUUGCCAACCAAUAAAAAAUCCUGUGAAUCAGCAUCCAUUAAUUCAAGCAUUUCAUCUCUUGAGUAUUCUGCUGAAAAUGGAAUAGUUAGUACUGAUAUUCCCAUAUGCAAUGGACUUCAUGAAAAAAGCACCAAAGCUUUGAACUUAGAAUCAGAGGAGCUUUCCCCAUUUUCUCAUGAACCGUAUAAUCCUGCUGUCUUUUCUGGGUUCUCAGCUAUUUCAUCUUCUUUGAAGAAAGUCAUGGGGGACAGUUUUCCUUUUGCAUCUUCUGCUCCGUAUCAAUCUUUAUCAGCAUAUUUUGGUUUCAGUGGAAGAAAAUCUGAUGGUCAGGUUAAUGAGUCAAUUUCUAUUUUAGGCUCUCCGAUGACUGAUGAAAAGACCUUGAUUGAAGAUAAAAACCAUUUUAAUGAAGUGAAGUUAGUUAAUGGUGGACAAUCCCUGUCUUUGCCUGUGUACUUAGAUUCCAAUGGGGAUAUAAGUAAAGAUGGUGAUAAUGAUAGAAAAGAAAUCGAAAGUAAAGAUGAUAUCAAUGCAGUGUUGGAUUCUCAGAGUAUUUUGGUCUUGAUGUCUAGCCGGAAUGCCUUAAGAGGAACUGUAUGCCAGCAAAGUCAUUUUUCUCAUAUUAUGUUCUACAAGAACUUUGAUGUUCCACUCGGGAAGUUUCUGCAGGAUAACUUACUCAAUCAGACAAGACUUUGUGUUACCUGCCAAGAAUUGCCGGAUGCUCACUUUUAUUAUUAUGCUCAUCACAAUAAACAGCUUACUAUACAAGUUAAACAGCUUCCCCAGGAAAAAUGUUUGCCUGGGGAGUCUGAAGGGAAAAUUUGGAUGUGGAGCCGUUGUGGAAAAUGCAAAUCUGGUUCUACUAAGAGAGUGCUGAUAUCUACCACUGCCCGUAGUCUGUCAUUUGGAAAGUUUUUGGAGCUUAGCCUUAGUCACUAUUCUUCUAGCAGAAAAUUGAGUUGUGGCCAUUCUCUUGAUAGGGAUUUUCUCUAUUUCUUUGGAUUAGGUCAUAUGAUUGCAAUGUUCAGAUAUUCUUCUGUCACCACAUAUACCGUGUCUAUGCCUCCUCGAAAGCUGGAGUUCAGUGGUUCAAUAAGACAAGAAUAUCUUUCGAAAGAGAUUGAGAAUGUGUAUAUGAAAGGCAUAUCAUUUUUCACAGAAGUUGCAAACUGUUUGAAGACAAUACAAUUUGAUGACCUUGGAGGAUCACUGAGAGAUUUUCCUGAGGUCGACCAGAUGUUGAAGCAUGAGCGAGAAGAGUUUGAGGCAAACAUCAAGAUUGCUGUGGCUGUUGAUAAGAAAGGAGAUCCAGACCAGGCUGCUUACAAAUUUCUUAGUCUGAACCGAUUGAUGUGGGAUCUUUUGAUUGAAUCCUGUGUGUGGGAUCGACGAUUAUACUCAUUACACUCACCUGAUCGUUUAAGACUUGAAUGUGAUGUAUCUGAGAAAGUCAUGCACGAACCUAAUUAUCCAAAAGUGGAGUGUACUGCUAGUAAAGAAACUGGGUUUAUGGAAGAUGGGGGUGCUAAUAUAAAAAAUAUGUUAGACACGCCUGUAGAAGUAAAUGAACUACCAAUAAAGGAAAUUCCUAUUAGUGGACCUCUUCUAGAGUGCAAUGAAGUGAAUGGACAGGAUGAUCCAUCUAACAUGUCAGAUGACCCACAGAAUGUGAAUAUGGAAACUAAUGAUCAUUUGAGAUCAAUGAGAUCUUCUGACCAAAAGUUGAAAUUGAGUUUGGAUGUUUCCACUUGGUUCCCUCCAGCGAAUGGUAAUCUCCAGGAAAAGGAUUUUGUUACACCUAAUCAUCUUGGAGUACAUGUGAACUCUCCAGUUUCGGCAGAUGUUCAAACUAGUCCUUUGCAUGCUGAUUUAAAGGUAUUGAACAAGAGUGUUUCCCCACAUUCACCAGUUUCCAACUUGCAGGAUUCAAAUGAUUGGUAUUGGAAGUCAUUUGCUGACAUUCGGCAGAUAGGCAUAAGGGAAUUCCAGAAAAAAAUCUUGCCAAAAUUUGAAUCUGUAAACAGCUCCAUUACAGCAUAUCUACCCACGGCCAGUCAAAUAAUUACUGAGGAAGGUACAAGGUUGCACAUCCCUCUCAAGACUGAUAAUCAUAUCGUGUCUGACUUUGAGAGUGAACCCUCAAGCAUAAUUGCUUGUGCUUUGGCCUUUCUGAAAGAUGCAUCUGAGGUGAAAGAAGUUGAUGAUGAGGAUGAUAGAAAUGGGAGUGGAGUAGAUUCAAUCUCAACUGAAAGUUUGCUGCAUGGGUUGACCCAUGGUGCUACCUUAACUUCACACUCAUUUUCAAGAAGUUUGUCAGAUGCAGAUUCUGUGCAUUCUACAGGAAGCACUUCUUCAGAAGAGUCACGAUCUUCUCGUGCUACAGAAAGCCAUAGCAUGGAGAUUGCAAUGGGUUAUGCAAAAUCACUUGGGAGGGAAAAAUAUUCAGUUAUUUGUCAUAAUUUUAAGCAGUUCCGUGAACUUAGGAAUUGGUGUUGCCCAUCUGAGCUUGAUUUUAUUGCCUCUUUGAGCCGCUGUAGGAAUUGGGAUGCCAAAGGUGGAAAAAGCAAGUCUUUUUUUGCGAAAACACUUGAUGACAGAUUCAUCAUAAAGGAAAUCAAGAAGACAGAACUUGAUUCAUUUUUGGGGUUUUCUUCUCUGUAUUUCAAACACAUGCGAGAGUCAUUUGAGUCUGGAAGCCAAACAUGUCUUGCAAAAGUGUUGGGGAUAUAUCAGGUUACUAAAAGACACGUCAAAAAUGGAAAAGAGGUUAAAUAUGACCUCAUGGUUAUGGAAAAUCUUACCUACAAUCGAAAUAUUACUCGCCAGUAUGAUCUCAAAGGUGCUCUUUAUGCCCGAUACAAUUCUGCUGCUGAUGGUGCUGGAGAUGUUCUUUUGGAUCAGAACUUUGUAAAUGACAUGAACUCUUCCCCAUUAUACGUCAGUCAUAAAACAAAGCGUGUUCUUCAGCGGGCUGUUUGGAAUGACACAUCUUUUCUUAAUUCAAUCAAUGUGAUGGAUUAUUCCUUGCUUGUUGGAGUAGAUUCUCAGAAGCGCCAGCUUGUCUGCGGGAUCAUUGAUUAUCUCAGGCAGUACACCUGGGACAAGCAUCUUGAGACAUGGAUGAAGUCUUCCCUUGUUGUGCCCAAGAAUGUGUUGCCAACUGUAAUCUCUCCCAAAGAAUACAAAAAGAGGUUCAGAAAGUUUUUGUCUACAUACUUUUUGAGUGUUCCAGAUCACUGGUGUUCUCAGAAAUCCUCCAAUCCUUGCAAACUUUGUUGCUCCGGGGAAGAUGACCCUUCCCAACAAAAGCCCUAGCAAAAGAGUGCCAAAUGGUUUCUCUGCUCAAAUCUUUCACUUUAAUUUCUCAAAAAUUUUAUACAAAUUGAGAAUUUAAUGCAUUUAGUUAGCACUGUAUAUAGACAGCCAAUAUUGUUUAUAAACCUAGCCCUGCUAUUCUGCGAUUUUUAGCGAAUUUCUAGGGAUGCUGUCAUUUAUAGGACCAUCCUGUCCACAGCAUGAGAUGAGUAAAUUUUUGUAAAGCCUAAGGUAAAAUGUAAAGGUUUAUUUAAUCAAUGAAAAGUACAGUUGCUAGCUUGCC